GCUGCAUGAUGCUGCAUAAUCAUUAUACAAAUAUUUGAAAAAUACAAUUUACAAUGUUCAAGUUCAACACAAUACAACAACCAGGCUUAGUUUGUCAUACAAUAUUCAAAGCUCAAUAUAAUUUCACAACAGUUUUGGUAUGCAUUAGAAAUUUUAAGAAAAUAGCAAUAGUAAAUUAAAGUUUAUUAAAAUCAACCAAUUAAAAGUUGGAAACAAUAAUAAAUCAUGGGCAGCACAACAAACAAUAGCCAGCUCCAAUCGCGUAGCUCAGACGUCGAAGCCUUGUCUUUGCAGGGCUAUAAACUUGGCCACAAGAUCGGCGAAGGAUCGUAUGCAACCGUAAUAACAGCCCAAUAUUGCAACGAGGCGGGUAAUAGAGCAGACUUGGCUUGCAAAGUGAUUGACAAGGCGAAGGCGCCAACUGACUUUGUGAACAAGUUCUUUCCCCGCGAGCUAGAGAUCCUCACCAAACUUGAUCAUCCCAAUAUCAUACAGAUCCACAGCAUACUGCAACGUGGCCUGAAGAUCUUCAUCUUUAUGCGAUACGCUGAGAAAGGCGAUCUCCUGUCGCACAUCAAGAAGACGGGCUUCAUCAAGGAGAAGCAAUCGAAGGUCUGGUUUACACAAAUGGCCGUCGCUUUGAAGUAUUUGCAUAACCACGACAUUGCCCAUCGUGAUAUGAAGUGCGAGAAUAUUCUGCUGUCCGAACACAGCAAUGUCAAGUUGGCUGACUUUGGCUUCGCCUGCUUCUGCAGUAAUGGCGAGGGCAUGAGGUUGGCCUCCCAAACUUACUGCGGCUCAGCUGCUUAUGCCGCGCCAGAAGUUGUCAGCGGAGUGCCCUACGAUGCCCAGAUGGCGGAUGCCUGGUCAUUGGGUGUCAUACUCUUCAUCAUGCUGAACGGCAAGAUGCCGUUUGAUGACAGCAAUCUGAGCAAACUGCUCGAGGAUCAGCGUUGUAUGCGCUUCGCCUUUCGGCGCAAGUUGCACGAUGUCAUCACGCCACAGGCAAAGGCUGCUGUGGCCGUGCUGCUGGAGCCGAAUCCAGCGACACGCUGGGAUAUGCAUGAAAUACUUAACUGCAGUUGGCUGCUCAUGGAUAAGAAGAACGAAAAGUAAUUGUAAAGUGAAGUGCCAAUCAAGUGCCAAUGAAACUUGAAUUUUGAUUCCGAAACUAAAAUAAUAUUUGGCUUAAUGUUUUUAAAAAAUUGUAAAGAUUCGAUAAAUAUAUUUCUAAAUUGAA